CUUCCUCAACUUUACCGACUUGGAGGACAAUGGCAAUCAGUAUUUUUACACUGACGGGGUCUUGAUUGAUUUGCCAACCUUGCCAGUAUCCGAGAUCAUGUUCAAGUACGAGUAUGAUGUGAAAAACUCCACUAUACAACUAUACGGUCCAGCAACCAGCUACGUCAGCGCUCCAUUUCUGUUGGUGACCGGGUAUUUCAAAAGCCAGGUAUCAUCAACAUCACCUUUGACAUCAACGACAACAGAAACAACAACAUCGUCUUUAGAGACAUCAACAACAACAUCAGUGGAAUCGACAACGGAUGCAACUACUUCUACUUUAGAGACAUCAACAACAGCAUCAGUGGAAUCGACAACAGAUGCAACUGCUUCUACUUUAGAUACAUCAACCCCAACAACAUCAACGGAGUCGACAACAUAUGCAAUAAAUUUUACUUCCAAUGCAUCAACAACAUCAAUGGAAUCGACAACAGGUGCAACAAUUUCUACUUUGGAGACAUCACCAACAGCAACAUCAAUAGAAUCAACAACAGGUGAAGCAAUUUCUACUAUGGAAACAUCACCAACAGCAACAUCAAUGGAAUCGACAACACGUGCAACAAUUUCUACUUUCGAGACAUCACCAACAGCAACAUCAAUGAAAUCGACAACACGUGCAGCAAUUUCUACUUUCGAAACAUCACCAACAGCAACAUCAAUGGAAUCGACAACAGGUGCAACACAUUCUACUUUAGAGACGUCAACAACAGCAACAUCAAUGGAAUCAACAACAGUACAGGAGAUACCAACUUUUCCGAAUACAUCAACGUACACAAUAUAUCCGAACAUGUCGGUAAGUGUGAAUGGAACACUUUAUUGUCCAUGUUAUGUUUCAAAUGCUUCAGUUGCGUCCAACAACUCUGCAAAUGAGUUCCAAAGCUUCAAUGCAAUGAUUGCCGAGAUGACCAUUCGGCCCACUGACCUGUCAAAGACAAGCCGGAAGUACAAGAGCGCCCCGGACGCCCGUCACUCCUCCGUCGCCUUCGGCACUCUCGCAAUUGUCCUGAUUGUGACGGUGAUUUCAUUCGUUGUAUACCUCGACAGUACCAGGCUGGUCACAGAGUUCGCAAAAAUAAAGCACAACUACAGACAGAUGAAAAGGCAAUGGUCCAGACGCAGCUUGGUUAGUGUCGAACAAUCACAAGACCACAUCACACUGUCAGAGAUACAAAAAUAG